AUGUCGUCACAAAAAAUUUUUCUGCACAGAAGAAGAGAUUCAGAGAUACUCUCUCUUCUAUCCCAAACACGUCUGAUGAGAACAACGAACGCGGCGUUCUCGCAACCAAACACGAUGUUAUCGACGAUAAACAACGCAUCAUCAACUGCGCGCAUUACUACUCGAACGUCCUCAACGUCUUCUUUUUGUUCUUCUUCUUCUUCUUCGUCUCCGUUCUCCGCGAGCAGAUUUUGCAACAACAACACCAAGAACUUUAACGCUCACAACGAUGCAACAUCAUCUUCAUCAUCAUCAUCGACGAAAGUGUUUUUGAAAACAAAGAUUUAUACUAAUAGUCGUCACAACCAGCAGAGCCGAAAUCGACGCUUCGUCGUUAAUUCUUCUUCUUCAUUUAGCACAAACAGCGCGACUGCGACGGAUGUCGACGUCUCGACCGUUACUACUACGUCUAAUGAUAAAUUUAACUGGCAAAAGAACUGGUAUCCAACCUCUCCUGUAUCUUUCCUCGAAACCGACGCGCCAAACGCGAUAAAAAUUCUCGGUUUAGAGAUGGUAGUUUGGAAGACGAAAAAUGGAUGGUCGUGCUUGGAAGAUUCCUGCCCACACAGAAGAGCGCCGUUAUCGCUCGGGUUCAUCGAUUCAAAUAAAGAUGCGCUCGUGUGCAGAUACCACGGGUGGGAGUUUGCCAAGGACGGCAAGUGCGUGGACAUUCCGAUGUCCAUCGAUGAGAACGCCAACGCAACCGCGUGUAAUUCGAAGAAAAGCUGCGCGUCAGAGUAUCCGUGCAAAGUGCACGCGGGUGUUUUGUGGGUGUGGCCAGAAACAGGCGCGGAUGCGUUUUUAGAAGCCUCGGUAAAGAAGUGCGCGACGGAGAACUUUAGCGAAUUGCAAGGAGCCGGCGACAACGAGUGGGGGAUGGUUGAACUUCCGGUGGGAUAUAACCCAGCUUUGGAGAAUCAAUUCGACCCAUCGCACGCGGAGUGGUUGCACGCGAGGUACGACGCAGAAUCAAACAUAAGAAGCGUCUCGGAAAUGGCAGAUUUUGUCCCGAUGACGAAAUUCGAAUCGUUCGAUGAUGACACCACGGAGGGUUUCAAAGUGAGACACGGCGGAUACAAUGCGGCGAAUUCAAACAUCGAUGCCACGCGUGUGUUCACCGCGCCGUGCUCGUCGCGUUCUGAGUACCUCGACGAUAAAGGAAAACCGUAUCUGAGCGCGCACAUUUUAUACACUCCAACAGAACCGAACCGUACUUUGAUGUUUACAAAGUUUCAAGCGUAUCAGUUCACCGCGGUGCAAGGCGCCGGAACGCGCAAAGUCUCUGUGGCGGACAAGAUUGAAAAUUUGUUCACGACGCCCGUGCGCAACUUGUUCAAUUUGUACAUCCAGAAUUUCAACACCAUUGGCGACGCCCGCUUGAUUUUCACCGGCUUGCAGCACGGUGCUGGGAACGCGGCGUACACGCUCGGGAAUCAAGAUAUUCGAGCUAUGCACGGCGUAGAAAAGGAUAUGAAAAAACGUGGAGGAAAAUGGAACAAGGCAUAUUAUCUUCCCACGGUUGCUGAUAAAGGCGUUUCCGCGUUUCGAACGUGGAUGGAUAACUUCACCGAAAACGGAAAUGUGGAAUGGCUCGAUGGAAGUGCCGUAGACGCCACUCCGACUGUUUCCGAGGAGGAACAAACAGAGCGAUAUCAUCGCCACACGAAACAUUGUCGCGCGUGUAAAGCGGCGUUGAAUGAAUUGGGAAUUUUAGAAGAAAGAUUACUGUUAGCGAGUAAAGUUUUGUUGGCGACGAGUUUAAUAACCGGGUUUGGUGGUGCUCUCGUCGGUAACGAGGGUUUACCGGUACUGACAUUAAGUCUCGCCGGUUUGAGUCUGUUAGGCGUGGAGGAAGUUCGCGACAUGCAACACGAAUUCGUCUCGAGCACGCCGCGAAGAGGCGUGCCGAAACCGAAGUUAUGGUAA